GUUGUUCUUUGCAAUUGACGUUGACAAUUGAUUGUUUAGUGAAUUAAUUUUUCUACUAAAAUAAAAAAUGAAUAGUAUAUCUAUUUCGAAAAUGCUUAUUUUUCCUAUCAAUUCGUAGAAUUCAUGUAAUAAUUAAUAUUGCAGUAUAAUUAUAUCGGUGCAAUAAAAGUUGAAAUAUUUUCUUUUUCUUCAUCAUAUCGCUUUUAGUGAGUGUGCAUUUCGAUUUGUGGCCGACUAUGGCGGAUCAAUCAUCUGUUUUGGCUCUUGUUAUCUUGGCUGUUGGGGUUACAGUUCAUUUCUCUUUACACAAAGUUGAGGAAGGACAUGUAGGAGUUUAUUAUCGUGGAGGAGCUUUGCUUCCAGUAACCAGUCAGCCAGGGUUUCAUAUGAUGGUACCUUUACUGACAUCAUAUAAAGCUAUUCAGACAACUUUGCAAACAGAUGAAGUAAAAAAUGUACCAUGUGGUACUAGUGGUGGAGUUAUGAUCUAUUUUGAAAGAAUAGAAGUAGUCAACAAACUAGAACCAUCCAGUGUUUUGGAUAUGGUGCGUAAUUUCACAGCAGAAUAUGACAAAACUUUGAUUUUCAAUAAAGUACACCAUGAAUUGAAUCAAUUUUGUAGUGCUCAUUCUUUACAUGAAGUGUAUAUUGAUUUGUUUGAUCAAAUUGAUGAAAAUUUGAGAACGGCUCUUCAAAGAGAUCUUGAUGAAAUGGCACCCGGUUUGAGGGUGCAAGCUGUUAGAGUAACCAAGCCUAAAAUACCUGAAGCUAUUAGAAAAAACUAUGAAUUAAUGGAAGCAGAAAAAUCCAAACUUUUGAUUGCAGCACAGCAUCAAAAGGUUGUGGAAAAAGAAGCAGAAACUGCUCGUCGUAAAGCCGUCAUAGAAGCUGAGAAAGAAGCUCAAGUAGCUAAAAUUCAAUAUGAACAAAAAAUAAUGGAGAAGGAAUCAUUGCAAAAGAUUGAGUUGAUUGAAGACAGCAUCCAUAAAGCUAAACAACAAACAAAAGCAGAGGCAGAUUUUUAUCAUCUAAAAAAACAGGCAGAGGCUAAUAAAGUUUUACUGACAAAAGAAUAUUUAGAACUAAAGAAAUAUGAAGCUCUCUCUCAAAAUAACAAGAUCUACUUUGGCAGUGACAUUCCAAAUAUGUUUUUUCAAGCUAAUGUUGGCGAUACUAUUCCAAAGAGUGUGCAAGUUGAAUGAGUGUCACUCACUUUGUCAGCAUUGCAGCUAGUCAUUAAGUGAUUAAUUUUAUUAGAUAUUGACUGUUGUGAAUUUCAUGGUAGUAUUAGUGAAACUAUUGUAUAAAAGGUUAAAUAUAAUUUUAUUAAGGCAGUUUGUACACUGUAUAGUCUUGCAUAAAUAAAUCAUGUUAUAAAUUGUGAUAUAAUAGUUUUCUCAAAUAAAAAAUAGGUGUACAUUUUUUCUUAUAGGCAUUUCAUACUUUAUGAAUGAAAAAUAAAUUGGUCUAUGAAAUAAACAAUUAUUUUUUAAAGGAGAUUAAAAAACACAAUC